CUGCGCCUGCCAGGGGGUGCGGCUGAGUUCCUCGACCCUGGGAUUGUGCCCGCUGCGCCCACUUGUGGCUCCGGGGAGCUGCCAGGAAGAACUGCGCCUCGGCCGCCUGGGCCCAGGACAAGGCCCCCCGGAUAGGCUAGGAGGACCGAGGGCUGAUGGCAUGAGGGCGCAGCCUCCCGAGCGGUGGCAGCGCGUGCCGCCUCGCCGCCCCCUCCGCCCAGCCCCGGGCGCCUGACGUCAGGGUGGCGGGUCCCCCCUCCGCUCGGGAGCCAGCUGGGGAGCCGCGGGAGCGCAAAGCAGCGCGCGUCUCGGAGCCGGGUGCCCGGGCGCGGAGCCCCGCGGGGAGGGAGGUGCUUCAUCCGCACCCCGAAGCCCAAGCUGCCGCCUCCCGGAGUCGCGGGGUGCGGGCUUCCUUCUGCCGCGCCCCCGCCAUGCGCGCCGGGCCCCGCAGCUCUGCCGGGCAGCUCCCGCGCACUGGACUCCGGCGGCCCGGCCGGGGUGCCUCUCGCUGACGUCGCCGGGCCGCGGGGCACAGGGUGGCCACGUCGGGGGUGCGGUCUGGACCCGCGGAGCCGGCCCCCGAGCGCGGGGAGCGGGGCCGCCCGCGCCGCCCCACCAUUACCUCCUCGGGCGGCAAGGAGGAGCUGGUGGCGGCCGCCUCCCGGCUGUGGCAGCGGCGGCGCCGGGCCUGCCUGGGGGCCGUCGGCGUGCUCCUGGCCAUGGCGCUGGGGCUGCUCAUCGCCGUGCCGCUGCUGCUGCAGGCGGCGCCCCCUGGGGCCGCGCACUACGAGAUGAUGGGCACCUGCCGCAUGAUCUGCGACCCCUACAGCACUGCGCCCGGAGGGGGGCCCGCGGGCGCCAAAGCCCCGCCGCCCGGCCCCAGCACCGCCGCCCUGGAGGUCAUGCAGGACCUGAGCGCCAACCCUCCGCCCCCUUUCAUCCAGGGACCCAAGGGCGACCCCGGGAGAGCCGGCAAGCCGGGCCCCCGUGGCCCUCCAGGAGAGCCGGGCCCCCCUGGACCCAGGGGCCCCCCGGGAGAGAAGGGCGACUCUGGGCGCCCGGGGCUGCCUGGGCUGCAGCUGGCGGCUGGCGCGCCGGGCGGGGUCGGGCUGGGCGGCGGCGGCACCGGGGGCGGCGGCGACUCAGAGGGCGAAGUGACCGGCGCUCUGAGCGCCGCCUUCGGCGGCCCCAAGAUCGCCUUCUACGUGGGUCUCAAGAGCCCCCACGAGGGCUACGAGGUGCUUAAGUUCGACGACGUGGUCACCAACCUCGGCAACCACUACGACCCCUCCACUGGCAAGUUCAGCUGCCAGGUACGCGGCAUCUACUUUUUCACCUACCACAUCCUCAUGCGCGGCGGGGACGGCACCAGUAUGUGGGCAGACCUCUGCAAGAACGGCCAGGUCAGGGCCAGCGCCAUCGCGCAGGAUGCAGACCAGAACUACGACUAUGCUAGCAACAGCGUGGUGCUGCACCUGGAUUCAGGCGACGAGGUGUACGUGAAGCUGGACGGCGGCAAGGCUCACGGGGGCAACAACAACAAGUACAGCACAUUCUCGGGCUUUCUCCUGUACCCGGAUUAGCGCUGCAGCCUUGGGGGGCGGGGGCGCCAGGCGGGGCGCGCUGUUCCUUGACAGUGACCACACUUGCUUCAAGAUCCUUCCUGACAUCUUUGGACAAGACACCUCCCUGCUGUCCACUUUACCAGUCUCUCCUGGCCUCUUAGCCUGGCCUGGUCUGGCCUGGGCUGUGCUCCAGUCCCUGCCCCUCAGCCCUCAAAGGCAGAGGGGGCGUUUAAGGAGCCUGCUGAGGUCGAAUCUGCGAAUCUGCUCCCAGGAGGCUGGAUUUUGCCAACCUGGUUAGGUUGGAGAGGCCUGGCGGGACACCUGCCCUCUUCAGUCCCCUUCCUUCUCCUCCUCCUCUUUUUCCUCCUCCUCUGAGGUUUCUGAGACCCAGGAAACCAACCCUAGGUCAGCGAGGUAGGCAAGAAUGAGCACGGCUUCCCUAGGACGACGUCCUUCUUUGUGAUCCCCAAAAAACAUGUGCAAAGGUCCCCUUCCAUCUGCAAAAGCCUGCCCACCCCUGGCAGAACUCCAGCCAAGGACUCAGACCCACCGCUAGGCAUUAAAUCAUGUUUCUGAGCUUUGGACUCAGACGUCUCUCUCCCCUGGGCCAGUGUUACCCCCCACCCUCCCCCCACACACAUCAGGCCUCCAUACUCAGAUCCUGGCACAAAGACCCUAAGUGGACACUGGGUAGCCCCCUAUGUGUCCUGCUUGCCAGUCUCUGCCUGGUCCCUGCCACUUGGAGUGGGUUCAAAGAUGUGGGGAGAUGGAGUAGUAAUACCAUUCUCUACUCUGUGUGUGUGUGUUUGUGUUUGUGUGUGUUGUAGGGGUUUUUUAUUGGGCUGUAGCCCAGAGCUGGAGGGACCCAGCAGCAAGUGGUAGUGGUGUGUGUGUGGGAGCAGUUAGAAACAUACAGGCAAUGACUAGUUGGUUCUACAGACUCCAGUUUGGUGGGUGAAGAGCAGCGAUGGAAUGGGUUUGUUUGGGGAGAAAGGGAAAGAGGAAGCACUUCUGCUAGAUGGAAGGCAUGAGUGAGGCAUAGGCCAGCCAGUAACCCACCCCUGAGAUGCUCAUCCAUAAAAUGAAGUGUGGAAGUUGUCCCCCACCCACAAACAGCCAAUCAGCACAGGCCUGUUACUCACACAGGUGCUGGCUACAGCCACAUUUCCCAAAGAGUUGGUGAGCCAGUGUCAUUCUGUAGAUCACCUGGCUCCUUGAGUUCACUCCUGAACCCUGUGGUAAGUGAGGUAGACAUUAGCCCUCACUUUGGGGGUGUCACUUCUUGGUCUUGGGGCCUUCCCUUCUCCCCCCUUUACAUAUUGGUGUGUGGCACUUGUUCUGAACCCCAGUGUGUUUGUUGGGGUUCCCUUCCCUGCUCCACACAUAUAGGCUAGGGAGACAGAACAUGUGGCUUUGAUGUCUUUGUUUUUGUGUUUUGUUUUCAGGUCAAUGGCUUCUAGAAACAGUUAUCAAUAUAUUUUUUAAAAAGUUAAUCACCCAUUAGUACUGAGCUCAUUUUGCCAGUUGUCUGAAGACAAGUAUGAGUGUGUACCAUAGGGGUUGCAUGUCUGUGUAAAGCUACACACACACACACACACACACACACACACACACACACACACACACAACAUGUGGAUCAAUGGAUGCUCUCUCUUCAUCUUUAACCGAUAGCACAGGUGUGCACACAUAUGUUUACUGGUCCCUGUCAGUGUGCUCAGUGCCAUGCUCGUAGCUGCGUGUCUGCUCCCAAAUUGUGUUCACCUUCAGUACCUGGAGGAUUCUGAAAGCUGUGAUUCCUGUUUAAAGACAAUUAUACCCCCUGCCUGGAGUCCCAUGGCUGUGGCUGUUGCUAUCCCCUUUUAUGCUCUCAUUUCAUUUGAAUAAUGUCUUAUUGCCAUUCACUUCAGUAUGAGCAAGGAUUGAGUCGAGGAAUAAAGUACUCCAAGAGAGCCAGGGGGAGAACAUACAGACCUGCACUCCCCAUGCAGACCCAACGGGACCCCAGUUCCUUAGCCUACCACACCCCUGCUGACUGUGGAGCCCACACCCAGCUGAGCCCUGGAGCUGGGGCAGGCAGAGUCUUGCCCUCCACCCCCACUCCAUCUACAGUUGCAUACAUAUCAAUUUCUGAUGCCUUGUUGAUUGUAUCAUCCAGAAAUGCGAUUAAAACCAAACGUCUGAGACCCAAA